UCCGAGGAGCCUAAUCUUGCUGGGCUGGAUGUACCGUUCCAAAGACCCCCAAACUCCGUGCACCUCAAAUGUCCCUUUCCUUCCUGUCUUCCCCACUGCUUCUCUUCCUAAUCUCCCUACUUUCAACUAUAAGACUCAGCUUCUCCCCAGAGGGGCUGAGCAUCCUUGAGGUUUCCCACCCUUAACUGCUCCAUCCCUGGAUGGAGCCAGAGAAAUGUGGUGGGGGGGUCGGGGCCAGAGUUUCAACAUUGCCCCCCAGAAGGAGGAGCCAGAGAUGGGGUCUGUCCAGGGAAGUAGGAUGCCUGAGCCCAGGAGUCGUCAGCUUGGCAGUUGCCUGACCUCUGGAUGCCUCCCAGGGGAACAAAUCCUAGCAUGGGCCCCAGGACUGAGGAAAGGGCUAGAACCUGAAUUGUCUGGGACCCUGAUCUGUACCAACUUUAGGGUCACCUUCCAGCCCUGUGGAUGGCAGCGGAGUCAGGAUACUCCUCUGAGCAGUGAAUAUGAUUUUGCUCUGAUCAACAUUGGGCGAUUAGAGGCUGUGAGUGGCUUGUCCCGAGUUCAGCUCCUCCGUCCAGGGUCCCAGCUUAAAUUUAUCCCAGAGGAGAUUCUGAUUCAUGGCCAAGACUUCCGGCUGCUCAGAGUUGGUUUUGAGGCUGGAGGACUAGAGCCUCAAGCCUUUCAGGUGACCAUGGCCAUUGUUCAAGCCAGAGCUCAGAGUAAUCAAACCCAGCAGUAUGCAGGAAUAACCCUGAGCAAGGCUGGUCAGGGUUCUAGCUCCAGAAAACCACCUAUUCCUCUCUUGGAGACAUUUGAAGACUGGGAGAUUGAGCGCAAGAAGCAGGGGGCAAAAGGCUGGAGGGUCAGCACUGUCAAUGAGAGGUUCGACGUAGCUACCAGUCUCCCCCGUUACUUCUGGGUCCCUAACCGAAUUCUGGACAGUGAAGUCAGGAGAGCAUUUGGACACUUCCAUCAGGGCCGUGGACCGCGCCUCUCCUGGCAUCACCCUGGGGGUAGUGAUCUUCUCCGCUGCGGAGGAUUCUAUACAGCCAGUGACCCUAACAAGGAGGAUAUCAGAGCAAUGGAGUCCAUGCUCCAGGCUGGGCAUUCUGAUGUUGUCCUGGUAGAUACUAUGGAUGAGCUGCCUAGUCUUGCAGAUAUCCAACUUGCCCACAUGAAGCUGAGGGCCCUCUGCCUGCCUGACUCAUCUGUAGCUGAGGACAAAUGGCUCUCAGCCUUGGAAGGAACUCGAUGGUUGGACUAUGUCAGGUCUUGCCUUCGAAAGGCCAGUGAUGUCUCAGUUUUAGUGACAUCCAAGGUUCGUUCUGUAGUACUUCAAGAGCGCAGUGAUCGUGAUCUCAAUGGCCUCCUCUCUUCACUCGUCCAGUUGCUUUCAUCCCCUGAAGCCCGAACACUGUUUGGCUUCCAAUCACUAGUGCAGCGAGAGUGGGUGGCAGCAGGACACCCCUUCCUGACCAGGCUUGGGGGAACUGGGGCUACUGAAGAGGCCCCAGUAUUUCUCCUCUUCCUUGAUUGUGUCUGGCAGCUCCUCCAGCAGUUUUCAGCUGAGUUUGAGUUUUCUGAGUUUUUCCUUCUUGCUCUUCAUGACAGUGUCAGAACUCCUGACACUCUUACAUUCCUGAGAAAUACCCCAUGGGAGCGUGGAAAGCAGAGUGGACAGUUUAAUUCCUAUACACAAGUUUAUACUCCAGGAUACUCCCAGCCCCAAUUUGGGAACUCUGUUAACCUGCAGCUGUCUGUCUGGGACUGGGAUUUACGCUACAGCAAUGAACAAAUAUUACAGUUUCAUAAUCCUGGCUAUGACCUCCAGCACUGCCCAGAUUCCUGGUUCCCUAGACAGCAGUCGAACUUCAUGGUUCCUGGACCCCCAAGUUCUAUAUGGCUCUUCUCUAGAGGGGCUCUGACCCCCUUGAAUCAGCUCUGUCCUUGGCGAGACAGUCCCUCCCUACUGGCAGUCUCUUCUCGUUGGCUGCCUCGACCUGCUAUCUCCUCUGAAAGCCUGGCUGACCAGGAGUGGGGGCUCCCCUCACAUUGGGGAGCUUGCCCUUUACCUCCAGGGUUACUGCUGCCUGGCUAUCUGGGACCCCAGAUCAGGCUCUGGAGACGCUGCUACCUGAGGGGAAGGCCUGAGGUCCAGCUGGGCCUGUUAGCUCCCACAAUCUCUGGCCUCCAGAAUGAGCUAUCCCAUCUUCAGGAGCUAUUAAGAAAAUGGACACCAAGACUAUCUCCUGAGGAUCACUCUAAGAAAAAAGAUCCAAAUACCAUUCUUCCAAAUCCUGCUGAAAUUGCUGGCAUUCUCAAAGGCAGGGCAGAGGGGGAUCUGCGAUAAAGGAGGGCUCUAAUCCUUCAGUUUUCCACAAUUGGCCUCACUGCCUCAAUCUUCACAUUCCAGCCCUUAAAAAAGCUCACUUAAUAGACGAGUUUUUAUAGCAGAUGGCAGUGCUAAUCUUCAGCUCUUUCUCCUAUUGUUUGUUCCUGAAGGUAUUUUUGUUUCUUGUGACUUGAAGAAUUAAGAAACAAAACAAUCCUAAAUGUGAUUGUCUCUUUUUUGGAGGGCAAUUCCUUCCCUUUUUGGAUAACCAGCUGUUAAAUCUUAAGAUCGGAGAUGCUGUUCAUCAGUCCCAAUAAGAUGGCCAAGAGACCUCAUUCUCAUCCCCUUGCUCCUGCUUUAAUUCUAAUUUCUAUGGAAUUUCUAAGAAAUUUCUAUUUCUUUAUAAUUUUUUUUGAGAAUGUAUAUUUUUGUAGUGGCAUUUCUAUUUAAGGAGUUCAUUAAAGCACAGUAUUGCUAC